CCGGCUGGAGGGGAGCAGGGAGAGGCGUGCUGAGGGCUCAGUGCUGGGCUCGGGAGCCGGAGAGAGGACGGCUGCAGUGACCGCGGUGGAGGCUUCAUCCUUGGCUUUUCCAGGCUGAGUGAGAUGGAGGAGGCGGGUUACUCCCUGGGGAUGGCGGACAUAGCGUACCAGCCCAGCUCGGUGGAUUAUACACGUGGGAGGCUGAAGAACUGCACUGACGAGUGGGGCGAUCGCAUCUCCAGCCCGGCCGUCUUCACCUCGUCUACACUGAAGUGGAAGGAGACUCUGCUCAGCCGAAAGCGACCGUUUGUGGGCAGAUGCUGCUACAUGUGCACGCCCCAGAGCCGGGACCGUUAUUACAACCCCAGCAUCCCAUCAUUGGGCCUGCGCAAUGUCAUCUACAUCAAUGAGACCCACACGCGGUACGUUCCUUUAUGCUGCAGUCGUCUUUGUCAAAUAAGAUUUAACAAUUAUCAUCAAACUGAGGAUUAUCCCUUUCGGCUUCUCGGUGCAGGACAGACUGUUCAGAAUGCUGUGUGACGGGUUUGGGUGUUCCAGUCAAAGUU